AUGAGGAACCAGCGGCUAGCUCCUACCACCUGCUCCUCCUCAAAGAUCAACAACAGAAAGCAAGAAGAGCCACACCUCUCCGGGGCUUACAUUAGGAGCCUUGUGAAACAUCUUAGCUCCUCCUCCACAACGAGACCCAAAGACCACCACAUCACCAUGGGCACCAAGCCGCAGCAAGAAGAGCAACAUGCGCCCCAAACCACACCACCAUCUCUACAGCAGCAGCAGCAGCCACACAAGAAGCAGGUGAGGAGGAGGCUGCACACAAGCAGGCCAUACCAGGAGAGGCUACUCAACAUGGCCGAGGCCAGGCGAGAGAUCGUCUCGGCUCUCAAGAUCCACAGAGCCUCCAUGAAGGAAGCCAAGGAGCAGCAGCAACAUCAACAACUGGUGCAAGAAUUUCAACAUCAGCAGGAGGUCCAGGUAGUGCAAGAUCAUAGGCUAGCUUGUAGUGCACCCAGCAUGAGCUCAUAUGGUUCCUUCUCAGAUUACCCAUUUGCACACUCCACGGAAACAAACAGUAGUUGCUCAUAUUAUUCAUCCCCACUCCUCCCUUACCACACACCAGCAGCUGCACCCAUGGUUCCCAUGGUUGAUGCUCUAGACCAGUUGCUGCCGCUGCCUACGCAGCCACUUGGGCUUAACCUGAGCUUCCAUGGCUUCGGCGGCGGGGGAGUUGCUGGUGAAGAUGCCAAGAACAACACCGCUUCUAACUCCUUUGAUCCUCCUCCGUUGCUCCAACAACCCUCGCCUGCCUCCUCCUACUCGGUCUACUCCUCUCCGCCGGCGACGACGAUGGCGAGCCAGGACGUGGCGUCCGCCACCGUCGAGAACACUUCACCAUCGCUACACCGGGUGCUGGAUGAGGAGGAGAUGGCGGCGAUCUACUCGGUUGGGGAGCGGCACGACAUCGAGUGGAGCGACACACUGAACCUGGCCACGUCGGCGUGGUGGAGCACACUCCUCGACGACGGCGCUGCGGUGGGUCACCAGACAGACUCAGUGGACAUCCCGGGGAUGCAUCUGGGUGAUGUGUACUACGGCGAAGACGUCUCCUUCCCACGCAUGGAGAUAGGAGAGAUGGGGGGAUGGGACGAGGAGUGGCUCUCAUGA